GUUCCCUGCAAUCUGUACACAAGAGAAAGAGGGAGAGAGAGGGAGAGAGACAGAGAGCAAGGGAUCAGGUAAAGCACGGGGGCGGCUGCAGCCACUCAGACUCAGGAGCUGGAGAAUCGCCGAGGAUGCAGAAGGAGAUGAAGAGGAUCAAAGAUGAGAAUGUGCAUUUCGGUCUGGGUGUGAAGAGAGCCGCCUCCUUCCCCCACUGUCUGCAGCCAGUGGUUUCCCGGGAGAAAGCUCCCCAAAGACACCCCUUCCCGGAAGCUCUCCGGGGGCCUUUUCCCCAGUUUCGGUAUGAACCUCCUCCGGGAGACCUGGACGGGUUCCCGGGGGUCUUUGAAGGAGGAGGGUCUCGGAAACGGAAGAGCAUGCCCACCAAGAUGCCCUACAACCAGCCCGCGGAAGCCGCCGCUCUCGCGCUGCCGCCCGAGGAGAGCAAGGCCCACGGCCCCCCAGGCCUCCCGCUGCUGUUCGCGCAGCCCCCGCGCCCCGCGCAGGACUCGCAGAUGAUCGACCUGUGCAACGUGGGCUUCCAGUUCUACCGCGCCCUGGAGCCCCUGGGGGGCAAGGCCGUGAAGCAGGAGCCCGUGAAGCCGAGCGCCGUGUGGCCCCAGCCCGCCGCGCCCCCGUUCCUGCCCUCGCCCUACCCCUACUACCCCAAGGUGCCCCCGGGCCUCCUGCUCCCCUUCUUCCUGCCCUCGGCCUCCCCCUUCCCCUUCGGCCGGCACGCCUUCCUGCCCAAGCCGCCCCCGGAGCCGCUGCUGCCCCACAAGGCCGAGCCCGCGGGGGCCGAGGAGGCCAGGCAGAAGGUGGAGAGGGUGGACGUGAACGUGCAGGUGGACGACAGCUACUACGUGGCCGUGGGCGGGGCGCAGAAGCGCUGGCAGUGCCCAACCUGCGACAAGUCCUACACGUCCAAGUACAACCUGGUGACCCACAUCCUGGGCCACAGCGGCAUCAAGCCGCACGCGUGCGCGCGCUGCGGGAAGCUCUUCAAGCAGCUGAGCCACCUGCACACGCACAUGCUGACGCACCAGGGCACGCGGCCCCACAAGUGCCAGGUGUGCCACAAGGCCUUCACGCAGACCAGCCACCUGAAGCGCCACAUGAUGCAGCACAGCGAGGUGAAGCCGCACAACUGCCGCGUGUGCGGCCGCGGCUUCGCCUACCCCAGCGAGCUCAAGGCGCACGAGGCCAAGCACGCCAGCGGGCGCGACCACGUCUGCGUGGAGUGCGGCCUCGACUUCCCCACGCUGGCGCAGCUGAAGCGGCACCUCACGGCGCACCGCGGCCCCGUGCAGUACCGCUGCUCCGAGUGCGACAAGACCUUCCAGUACCCGAGCCAGCUGCAGAACCACGUGAUGAAGCACAAGGACAUCCGGCCGCACAUCUGCUCCGAGUGCGGCAUGGAGUUCGUGCAGCCGCACCACCUCAAGCAGCACUCGCUCACCCACAAGGGCGUGAAGGAGCACAAAUGCGGGAUUUGUGGACGUGAGUUCACACUGUUGGCCAACAUGAAGAGACAUGUGCUGAUCCACACCAACAUCCGGGCCUACCAGUGUCACCUGUGCUACAAGAGUUUUGUGCAGAAGCAGACCCUCAAGGCGCACAUGAUCGUCCACUCUGACGUGAAGCCUUUCAAAUGCAAGCUGUGUGGGAAGGAAUUCAACCGAAUGCACAACCUGAUGGGCCAUAUGCACCUGCACUCUGACAGCAAACCCUUCAAGUGCCUCUACUGCCCCAGCAAGUUCACCCUGAAGGGGAACCUGACUCGCCACAUGAAGGUCAAGCACGGGGUCAUGGAGCGGGGCCUCCAUUCUCAAGGUUUUGGCAGAGGCAGGAUCGCCCUGGCGCAGACGGCGGGGGUGCUGAGGGGUCUGGAGCAGGAGGAGCCCUUCGACCUGUCCCAGAAGCGCGGGGCCAAGGCGCCAGCAUUCCAAUCGGACGGGGAGAGUGCCAGGGGCAGCUCCUGCCACGAGGAGGAGGACGAGGACCCCUGCUACGAGGUGGAGAGGGGCAGCCCGGGCCUGGCCUCCCAGAGCAGGCGGCUCUGCGCACCCCAGGAUCCCUCCCAGUCCGAGCCGGCCCCCAGGGCGCGGGGGCAAGCCAGCGGGGAGGAGGAGGCCGGGCCCGAGGGAGCACACCAGGAGAAGGGCCCGGAGAAGAGCAGGGACGGCCUCGGGGCCCAGGGCGGCCAGGACAGAGGCCCCGCCUGCAGGGACGAGUGUCUCAGCCGCAGGGCUCUGCACACCUCCCGGCGGGGGCCCACCUUCUCUGAUUAUUUGGACUUCCAGCACAGAGAUGAGAGUCUAAAAGAAUUACUGGAGAGGAAAAUGGAAAAGCCAGCAGUGCUUUUAGGCAUCUAA